GAUGAAUGUACGGUAGCCCAGCUCAGUCUGUGCGCUGUCACCCUUCUGCAGAGUGCGCUAGUCUUAAAUUGCUGGAGUUCAUUUGGAACAACUCGGAUCCGUUGCCAACCCUACAAGCUGUAGCUAUAAUAAUAUCUACGCACUGUUUUACUGAGCCUUCUCUUCUGCAACUCUUUGCUGAGUGGGGCGGGGAGCAGCUUCCCCUGCGUGGAAAUGAAUGUCUCGUAUCAGAUCCCCCCACCGACCACCCCCAAGGUCAGAGCAGUGCGUGCGAUGAUGCGAUAAGACUCGCCCGCGCGCUCUCCGGGAUCAGGGCCCGCAGGCUGCUGUUUGCAAAAGACGCGACUCUCUUUCCUCCCUCCGGCGACGCCUGGAGCACCUCGGAGAGGGGCAAGAGAGGCGGGUCCUCCUCCCAGCCUCCGAUCCGAUCCCUUCGCGCUCCUCCACGGGCCGGACUCUCCUCCCGCUUGCGCGAGUGCGCAGGGGAGGGCGCGCAGGCUGCCGUUGCCUGGGAUCGUCUCCGCUAGCUUGAAGGCUGCAGGAGCGAGGAAGACGCGCCUGCACUUUGGAGUGAAAAAAUGAUAUCCAAGUCUCAAAUGAGAUUGCCCCUACCUUCCAGGACAAGGCGAGAUGCUGCACAACAGCCAAACCAGGGGCCCGUGGUGACCUUUGAAGAUGUGGCUGUGUAUUUCACGGAGAGCCAGGGGGCUCUGCUGGAUCCUGACCAAAGGGCCUUGUACAGGGAUGUCAUGAUGGAGAACUAUGGGAAUGUGGCCUCGUUGGGAUCUCAAUUCGCCAAACCUGAACUUAUUUGCCAGCUGGAAAAGGGGGGAGAGCUGUGGGUGCCAGAUUCUCAGGACAUGGAUGAAACAGAGAGUUCCAGCUCCAACUCAGCAGGUCCGUGCAAUCAAAAUAAUUUAUAUUCCACAUGCGUAUCAACCAUUGCCAAUUGUCAGCAAAUGAUGGAAGGAGAGAAACUGUAUAAAUGUAUGGACUGCGGGAAGUGCUUUGCUCGGAAAUCAAAGCUCGUGGAGCACCGGAGGGUCCACACAGGAGAAAAACCGUACAAAUGCUCCGAGUGUGGGAAAUGUUUCGCUUGGAAAUGGCCGCUUGUGAUACACCAGAGGGUCCACACAGGAGAGAAACCUCACAAAUGCUCUGAGUGUGGGAUGCGCUUUGCUGAAAAGCCAAAACUCAACAGGCACCAGAGGGUCCACACUGGAGAGAAGCCGUAUAAGUGCUCCGAAUGUGGCAAAACGUUUGCUCAGAAAUCGUACCUCAUGAUCCACCUGAGAAGCCACACGGGAGAGAAGCCGUUUAAGUGCUUGGAUUGCGGCAAAGGUUUCGCCCACAAAUCAAAGCUCGUGAGCCACCAGAGGGUUCACACCGGCGAGAAAGGGUACAAAUGCUUGGAAUGCGGCAGGUGUUUUGCUCACAAAUCGUACCUCGUGAUGCACCGCAGGACCCACACGGGAGAGAAACCUUUCAAAUGUGUGGACUGCGAGAAGUCCUUUGCUCAGAAAUCGCACCUCACGAUCCACCGCAGAACCCACACAGGAGAGAGACCUUUCCAAUGCCUGGAAUGUGGGAAACGCUUUGUUGAUUCCUCUGCAUUCACAGGCCACCAGAGAGUCCACACCGGCGAGAAAACCUACAAAUGUGCGCAGUGUGGGAAGUGUUUUGCUUGGAAAUCAAAUCUCACGCUCCACCAGAGAGGCCACACGACCAAGAAAGCGUGGAAAUGCUCAGAGUGCGGGAAAUGUUUUGCUCGGAAAUCGCACCUCCACAACCACGAGCGGGACCACAGAGGGGAGAAACCCUACAAAUGUUUGGAGUGUGGGAAAAGCUUUGCCUGGAAGUUGCAGCUCGUGAACCACGAGAGAGUCCACGGGGGAAAGAAACCACAUAAGUGUUUGGAGUGUGGGAAGUGCUUUGCUCGGAAAUCACACCUCACAAUCCACAAAAGGCUUCACACGGGAGAGAAACCCUUUAAAUGCUUGGAGUGUGGGAAAUGUUUCAAUCUGAAGUCCCGUCUUGUCGAACAUCGAAGAGUCCACACAGGAGAGAAACCCUUCAAAUGCAAGGAGUGCGGGAAGGCUUUUGCUAAUAAAUCCAAUCUCCAGACACACCUGAGAGUCCAUACAGGGGAAAAGCCGUACAAAUGCCUGGAGUGCGGGAAGUGUUUCACUGUGAAAUCUAGCCUCGUGAAGCACCACAGGGCCCAAGCAGGAGAGAAACCUUAUAAAUGUCUGGAGUGCGGGAAAUGUUUUGCUUGCAAAUCACAAUACGUGAUGCACCAGAGGAUCCACACGGGAGAGAAACCCUUUAAAUGCAUGGAGUGUGGGAAAUGCUUUGCUCGGACGUCAUACCUCAAAAACCACCAGAGACUCCACACUGGGAAGAAGCCAUAUAAGUGCUUAAAGUGUAGGGAAUGUUUUUCUUUGAAAUCAGCCCUUCUCAGACACCAGGCAGCUCACACAGAUGACAGACCUCAUGCAUAUUCACCCCAGUAGAGAUUCUUCACAUCUGAGAACACCAGCAUCUUAUCCGAGAGAAAUGCUCUUCUGCAAAGUCCAUGGGAGCAUUGAGUUUUGGGAGAAGAUAGAGAAGAUACCCGUGAAAGAAUAUUGUCUGAGGAAACAGGCUUUGCCAAAACGAUGGUUGAUCAUGAACAAAUUUCUGCAAAGGGAAAGACAUUAUGAGUGUUUGACACAUGCCUGAAAGGACAUUUAACCUGGGAGUGUUUAUGUGUGUGUUUAUAGAUUGAUGCUUUUAUUGCUAUCUACUGGCGGGUAGCGGGUGGCGCUGUGGAUUAAACCACAGAGCCUAGGGCUUGCCGAUCAGAAGGUCGGCGAUUCAAAUCCCUGUGACGGGGUGAGCUCCCGUUGUUCGGUCCCUACUCCUGCCCACAUACGGUAGCAGUUUGAAAGCACGUCAAAGUGCAAGUAGCUAGGAAGGUAAACGCUGUUUCCGUGCACUGCUCUGGUUUUGCCAGAAGCGGCUUUGUCAUGCUGGCCACAUGACCCAGAAACAGGGCCGGCUCUAGGUAGACCCCCUGCUGGUAGGCAGGGCGCCACGCGUCGAAGCUGCGCGGAAACCAUGCUGCGCCCUAUGAGGGCGGGGGCACCGGAGCGAUCUCCACCCCUCAGCGCCAAGGCGGCCAACCUGCUUGAGACUGCCCUGCCCAGAAACUGUAUGCCGGCUGCCUCGACCAAUAAAUCGAGAUGAGCACUGCAACCCCAGAGUCGUCCGUGACUGGACCUAACAGUCAGGGGUCCCUUUACCUUUACCGGCACUUCAGACAAGAUUUUCAGGAUCUGGGCAGGAUGCAGAUAAUCACUAAAAGCAUAUCUUUAUUAAAGUGACUAACAAAAAUAAGUUUUAAAUUAUUAUAGCAAAUUGUCUCCUAUUAGUGAGAGUUGACCUUAAGUCAGAGUUGGGUUUGUAGCCUGGAUAAGAGGAGACUACAAGGAGAUAGGAUAACCAUCUUCAAAUAUCUAAAGCAGGCACCCCCAAACUUAGGCCCUCCAGAUGUUUUGGCCUACAACUCCCAUGAUCCCUAGCUAACAAGACCAGUGGUCGGGGAAGAUGGGAAUAGUAGUCCAAAACAUCUGGAGGGCCGAAGUUUGGGAUGCCUGAUCUAAAGGGCUGUCCCAUGGAAGCUAGUUUUCUCCUGCUCUGGAGGGGCAUGAACCAAUAAUGGCUUCAAGUUACAAGAAAAGAGAUUCUGACCAAACAUCAGGAAGAACUUUCUGGUGGUAAGAAUGGGGUCCCUUGGAAGGGGGUGGACUUGCCCUCACUGGAGGUUUUUAAGCAGAGGUUGGAUGGCCAUCCUGCCAGGGAAGCUUUAGUGGAGAUUCCUGCAUCGCAGGGGGUUGGACUAGAUGACCCACAGGUCCCUUCCAACUCUACAAUUCUAUGCUUCUAUGUCAUUGAAUAAAAAAGGGGGGGUAUCCUAUCUUUAGAAAAUAGAGGGAAGUUUUUAAUGACUGAUGUUUUAAUGUAUUUUUACUCUUUUGUUGGAAGCCACCCAGAGUGGCUGGGGAAACCCAGCCAGAUGGGCGGGGUAUAAAUAAAUAUAACAACAACAACAACAACAACAACAACGUCGGUAAAACGACACCUGAUCUACACACACGUUUUAGAAACCACAAAUCAGUGAUUUGGACAAAAAAAGUAGAGCAACCUGACAAUUGCUGACAAUUUGAUUCUGAAAACUUGAGCCUCUUAAACAACGUUAGCAGAAAAGGAGGAACUUCUGGAUGUAGAACCUGGAGGCAGUAAUACGGCAUAGCCUAGAGAACAGAACCCACCUUGCCUUUUAGCUUCAGUGAAUGAAGGUCUUCUGAGCACUCCCAUCCUCAAAGCUCUCUAGCUGCCACCUUGGAUGCAACAUCAGUUUUAGCAGAGCAACUGAUGAAGGCAGAAGCUGGAACGUUUUGCUGUAAGAAUUAAAAAUGUCUGCUUGGGUAGUCACUGGUGUGUGUGUUUCUGUGUGUAUAUGGUACCGGUAUAUAUACAAAUAUAUACAGGCACAUGUAAGCACAUAAAUACAAAGCAGCUGUGAUGAACACCUUGACCAAGUUGUAGGCGAAGGGUUGUGGCUCUCUACACAACCCGAAUGUCCUUGACCAGGCAUAGGCAAACUCGGCUCUCCAGAUGUUUUGGGACUACAAUUCCCAUCAUCCCUGACCACUGGUCCUGUUAGCUAGGGAUUAUGGGAGUUGUAGUCCCAAAACAUCUGGAGGGCCGAGUUUGCCUAUGCCUGUCCUUGACUGUUGGCCAUUCCGACUUUGACCAACUUAGAGAAGAAAUAAUCUGGUCCGUUUAAUGUCGUCGGUUUAUUCACAGUUGUGGGAGUUUUGGUGGGGUUGGAACUGGCCUGUGAUGGAGUUGCAGCAAGGAAGAGAAGUCUUUGUAACUGUAUGUAGAAUAAAACCCUUUUUUUUAAAAAAAAACACUUUUAACACACCUUGAGAGCUAAAUAAAAGAAGGAAACUUCAACUGUUGAUUCUUUUUAUAAAUAUGAAAUGGUAACAUAAUUCCAUCCCGGCAUGGAGAGAAAUUUGACUCCCUUCUGAUUUGAUCGUUUUUAAUUAUUUAAAAAAUUUCGCUGUUUUCAUUACUAUUCAGUUGAUAAAAAAUAAAGUUUGGGUGGACAGGCCCACUACUGAUUUUAAAUAUAUUGCCAGUUAAGCUUUCAUCUC